UGCUCCUGUAGUUUCUGUCAGCUAGUCCUAGAGGGAAGCAAGCUGCUUGGAGAAUUCUGUUGUGGCCAUGCCAGAACCCACUAAGAAAGAGGAAAAUGAAGUCUCAACCCCAGCUUCACCUCCACAAGAACCAAGUAAAGAGAAGGAGGCCGGAACUGCACCAGGAAAAGAAAGUUCUCUUGGCGAAUCACCGGCCAGGGAGGAACAAGACAAGCAGAAUGUCAAUCAGGGGCCCACCCUGUUUGUGGAAAGGCCUCAAACAGGAACAGUAAAAGUUGGUGAAAACAUCACAUUUAUAGCCAAAGUCCAGGCUGAAGAUCUUCUUAGAAAACCAACCAUCAAAUGGUUCAAGGGGAAGUGGAUGGACCUGGCCAGCAAAGCUGGGAAGCAUCUCCAACUGAAAGAAAGCUUUGAGAGGCAAACUCGGGUGUACACAUUUGAGAUGCAGAUCAUCAAGGCCAAAGAGAACUAUGCAGGAAACUACAGGUGUGAGGUUUGCUACAAGGAUAAGUCUGACAGCUGCUCAUUUGAUCUUGAAGUACACGAAUCAACCGGGACUACUCCAAACAUUGACAUCAGAUCUGCUUUCAAGAGAAGUGGAGAAGGUCAAGAAGAUGCAGGAGAACUUGACUUUAGUGGUCUCCUGAAACGUAGGGAGGUGAAGCAGCAGGAGGAAGAACCCGAGAUAGACGUGUGGGAGCUGCUGAAAAACGCAAACCCCAACGAGUACGAGAAGAUCGCCUUCCAGUAUGGUAUCACUGACCUGCGUGGGAUGCUCAAGCGGCUCAAGCGCAUGCGUAGGGUGGAGAAGAAGAGCGCAGCUUUUGCAAAAAUUCUUGAUCCUGCAUAUCAGGUUGAUAAAGGUGGCAAAGUCAGGUUUGUUGUGGAAUUGACAGAUCCAAAGUUGGAGGUGAAAUGGUUUAAAAAUGGUCAAGAAAUUCGGCCCAGUACAAAAUACAUCUUUGAACAUAAGGGAAACCAAAGAAUCAUGUUUAUCAAUAACUGUUCGCUGACGGAUGAUUCAGAAUAUUAUGUGACAGCUGGCGAUGAGAAAUGUUCCACUGAACUCUUUGUGAGAGAACCUCCAAUUCUGGUGACUAAACAACUGGAAGAUACAGAAGCUUACUGUGGGGAAAAAGUGGAGUUAGAGUGUGAGGUGUCUGAAGAUGAUGCCAAUGUAAAAUGGUUUAAGAAUGGUGAGGAGAUCAUUCCUGGUUCAAACCCCCGCUAUAAGUUUCGAGUUGAGGGCAAAAAACACUUUUUGAUCAUAGAAGGAGCUACAAAGUCUGACACUGCAGAAUAUUCUGUGAUGACAACAGGCGGACAAUCAUCUGCUAAACUUAGUGUUGACUUGAAACCUCUGAAGAUAUUGACACCUCUGACUGAUCAGACUGUGCAACUUGGAAAAGAAAUCUGUUUGAAGUGUGAAAUCUCUGAACCUGUACCAGGAAAAUGGACUAAAAAUGGCCUGCCAGUUCAAGAGAGUGACCGUCUCAAGGUUGUUCACAAAGGAAGAAUCCACAAGUUAGUGAUAGCCAAUGCUCUCCUUGAGGAUGAAGGUGAAUAUGUAUUUGCACCAGACGCUUACACUAUUACUUUGACUGGCAAAGUUCAUGUUAUCGAUCCUCCCAAAAUCAUCCUGGAUGGGCUUGAUGCUGACAACACUGUGACAGUGAUUGCAGGAAAUAAGCUUCGUCUUGAGAUUCCCGUCUCUGGAGAACCACCCCCUAAAUGCAUCUGGAGCCGUGCAGAUAAGGCUAUCAUGGAAGGCAGCGGCCGAAUAAGAGCUGAGUCUUACCCUGACAGCAGCACUCUGGUUAUUGAUGUAGCUGAAAAAGAAGAUGCUGGUGUCUACCACAUAAAUCUGAAAAACGAAGCUGGGGAAGCACACGCAAGCAUCAAGAUUAAAGUUGUGGAUAUCCCCGAUCCUCCAGUGGCCCCAAAUGUGUCAGACGUGGGAGAUGACUGGUGCAUAAUGAGCUGGGAGCCUCCUACCUAUGAUGGCGGGUCCCCAAUCUUAGGAUACUUUAUUGAAAGGAAAAAGAAACAAAGCUCCCGGUGGAUGAGACUGAAUUUUGAUCUCUGCAAAGAAACAACUUUUGAGCCCAAGAAGAUGAUUGAAGGUGUUGCCUACGAGGUCCGCGUCUUCGCUGUCAAUGCCAUCGGCAUCUCCAAGCCCAGUAUGCCAUCCAAGCCUUUUGUUCCUUUGGCUGUCACCAGCCCUCCCACCCUCCUGGCUGUCGACUCCGUCACGGACAACUCAGUCACAAUGAAGUGGAGGCCCCCGGACCAGAUCGGUGCGGCAGGGUUAGAUGGCUAUGUGCUAGAGUAUUGCUUUGAAGGAAGUACAUCAGCAAAACAGUCUGAUGAAAAUGGGGAGGCUGCCUAUGAUCUUCCAGCUGAGGACUGGAUAGUUGCUAACACUGAUCUGAUCGACAAGACCAAGUUCACCAUCACAGGUCUGCCGAUGGACGCCAAGAUCUUCGUGCGUGUGAAGGCUGUGAAUGCCGCCGGUGCCAGCGAACCCAAAUACUACUCCCAGCCCAUUCUCGUGAAGGAAAUCAUAGAGCCGCCAAAGAUUCGCAUCCCAAGGCACCUGAAACAAACCUAUAUUCGCAGAGUUGGAGAAGCUGUCAAUCUGGUUAUACCUUUCCAGGGAAAACCCAGACCAGAAUUAACUUGGAAGAAGGAUGGUGCGGACAUUGAUAAGAAUCAAAUAAACAUCCGCAACUCCGAUACUGACACAAUCAUAUUUAUCAGAAAAGCAGAGAGGAGUCACUCUGGGAAAUACGACCUGCAAGUCAAAGUGGAAAAAUACGUGGAAAGUGCAUCCAUCGAUAUCCAGAUUGUUGGUAGGUUGGGGAGGAGAAGUGAGGAUGUUCUGUUGAGGCAGCUUGGGGACGAAUCGCCCUGUCCCUUAUUAGGUGAUUUUCUUCAAAUGACUUUCUUCCCUGCUCAGGAGUGGUUCACUGUCAUUGAGCAUUAUCACCGAACAAAUGCCACCAUUACUGAACUGGUCAUCGGAAAUGAGUAUUACUUCCGGGUCUUUGCUGAGAACAUGUGCGGGCUCAGUGAGAAUGCCACAAUGACGAAGGAGAGCGCGGUGAUUGCUAAGGACGGGAAAGUCUACAAAAACCCAGUGUAUGAUGACUUCGAUUUCACGGAGGCACCCAUGUUUACUCAGCCCUUGGUUAACACCUACGCAAUUGCCGGCUACAAUGCCACCCUGAACUGCAGCGUCAGAGGAAAUCCUAAGCCCAAAAUAACCUGGAUGAAAAACAAAGUCGCUAUUGUGGAUGACCCAAGAUACAGGAUGUUCAGCAACCAAGGGGUCUGUACUCUGGAGAUUCGUAAGCCCAGCCCCUAUGACGGAGGCACUUACUGCUGCAAAGCCGUCAAUGACCUCGGGACGGUGGAGAUCGAGUGCAAACUGGAGGUGAAAGGUGGUCUUUCCUUCUGCAGGCUCCUCUUGCAAGGCGUGCCUCCUAACAUAGUCGAUUCUUAUUUGCGAGACUUGCAAUCAAGCAAUCCUGAGGAAUAUUAAGGGCCUGCACUGCCUCUGCUCUGUAAAAUCUGGCUGCCAUGAGAAAGCGUUUUCUGUUUCCACCAGGCUCCCAAAUGUGGUCAUUUUUUUCCCCCUAAUGUUGAAGAAGAAAAAAAAUGUUUGCACGGAUUGCUUAAUUAAAAAUG